UGGCUCCAGUAUGACGAGUCUCGCCGGGCUCAAGCCAGCAGUGUCCUCUGCCAUGUGCGCUUCCCCCUGAUGCGUUCCUCUGAGCUGGUGGACAGUGUUCAGACUGUGAACAUCAUGGUGGAGGACGUGCUGUGCCGGCAGUAUCUCCUUGAGGCUUUCAAUUACCAGAUUCUUCCCUUCCGACAGCAUGAGAUGCAGUCUUCACGGACACUCAUACGUUCGGACGUCCUGUCAAUCAUCACCUUUGGCGGGACACCCUACACUGACAACGACCGCACAGUGAGCACCAAGGUGUACUAUCUUCCAGACAACACUUCCCGCCAGUUCAAAGAGCUGACAGAGAUGGAGACGGGGUGCAGCCAUGCUUGCGUUGCCGUACUUGAUAACUUUGUGUACAUUGUUGGUGGACAGCACUUGCAGUACCGCAGCGGUGAGGGGGCGGUAGACAGCUGCUUCCGCUACGACCCACAUCUGAGCCAGUGGGUGCGCAUCCAACCUUUGCAGGAGGCUCGUAUCCAGUUUCAGCUCAACGUGGUGAACAGACAGAUGUAUGCCACCGGAGGGCGCAAUCGAUCUGGCAGUCUGUCAUCUGUAGAGUGUUACUGCCCAAAGAAGAAUGAGUGGACUAAUGUGGAACCAUUAAAACGCAGGAUUUGGGGACAUGCAGGGACUCCCUGUGGAGAAAAGCUGUAUAUCUCAGGAGGUUAUGGCGUCUCGUUAGACGACAAGAAAACUCUUCACUGUUACGACCCAAUAUCAGACCAGUGGGACUUCAGAGCUCCCAUGAAUGAACCCAGAGUGUUGCAUGCCAUGAUCAGCACCAAGGAUCGGGUUUAUGCUCUGGGCGGUCGCAUGGACCAUGUGGACCGUUGUUUUGAUGUGCUUGCGGUCGAGUAUUACAUUCCAGAGAACGACCAGUGGACCACCGUCAGUCCCAUGAGAGCAGGUCAGUCUGAGGCGGGCUGCUGUUUACUGGACAGCAAGAUCUACAUCGUCGGCGGCUACAACUGGCACCUGAACAAUGUCACAAGCAUCGUGCAGGUGUACAACACAGAGACAGACGAGUGGGAGAGGGAUUUGCACUUCCCAGAAUCCUUUGCUGGCAUUGCUUGUACACCGAUUAUUAUCGCACAAAACACCGCAACGCGAACCACCUGACCUGUGUGUGUGUGUGUGUGUGUGUGUGUGUGUGUGUGUGUGUGUGUGUGUUGUGUGGGGUGUGUGUGUGUGGUGUGUGUGUGUGUGUGUGUGUGUGUGUGUGUGUGUGUGUGUGUGUGUGUGUGGUGUGUGUUUGUGUGUUGUGUGUUGCGUGCGCGCGCGCCGCGUGUGUUUUUGAGGGAAUGGCCUACACCCAGCAGCAUUACUCAGAUUGGUGUAUUAUUUUAUAUCUCUGCAUCCAUAUAUCCUGUUUGUAUAACUGUAAAGAUAUAGUUCUCUUCCGGAAUAGCAUUACCUAAAUGUACACUUUGUAACAAAAAAUUAUCAUUAUUCAGUCUGUAUAAGUGUUAUAGUUUUACGAAUGAAGGACUGGAGUUACUGACAGCACAAAUUGUCUCAUGUUUGAAUGAAAGUUAAAUUUGGUUUGCAAAGGUAUUAACAGAUUUUUUUACUACGUUAGACAUUACGAUUGUAGAGUUGUAAAAACUCUAUUUGUGUGCUUCUUUUUGUGUUCUUUUGUAUUUAUUUAUUACUCAAACAACCAAGAUAACUCAAAAUCUCACUGUUGUAUGUCUCCUCAAAUGCACUAAUCAACAAACCACAAUGCACAGUAAGGAUUGUAGAAAUAAGCAUGAGAAGUGUGUGUAAUCACAUAUUCCAUGUGUUUUUUUUUAUUGCUACUACCCUGACACACCAAUUGUUCUCUCAGUCAACAUAACAAACCAGUGGGGACCUUCUAAGGCAGCUACAUAAACCAUUCAUGUGUGUGUCAGUGUGUGCUGCUCUUAAUGUGCUACAUCUUGUGUACUUCCCAUGCUUUGUCUUUUGACUAACACGAUAAGGAGGGGGCGGGGUCACAGGUGAUAUUUAAUAAAAGCGAAUGUAAUGUGUAAACUAUUCUCAAAAGAUCAAAUUUACCCAGAAAAACUACUUAAACUAUCCAUUUGCCAUGUUUGAAACGGCUCAUGUUUUUAUUUUGACUGCAUUGCUGCAUUUUUCAAAGCAGUAUUUAUCUAAUUCUGCCGCUGAAGUUAUAGAUGUAUUUAAUAUGUGCAUAAGGAAGAAACGAGCUUAGAGUUCUUUUGUUUACUUUUUAAAUGUGAUUAUCUACAUGAUGGUGAGGAUUGUCCAUUGCAAAACAUGUUUUUCCUGUUGCCUUAGUGUGUAUAUGUCUUAUGUUACCUGUACCAGUAAAAGCACAUGAUACUGUUGAAGUGCAAUACAAGUAAUCUCCUGUUGUCAAAAGGGAAUGUAGACAUUUGUGAAGCUUUAUGUGCACCCUUUUAUUAAAGGUGUAUCAUGUUUUAAAAAUA